AAGAAUAACCUUGAACUAACUAAAAAUAUAAUUAGUGGAGGUCAAGAUAUAUUGAGGCACUUUUGGUGAUGCAUACCAGAGAAGCUGUUAUAAUGAUGCAUCUGUUGCUUUCUCUUGCAUCUGUUUGAGGAAAAUUGGAUAAAUACGUAAAGGUCGAAUUUAAUUAGAGACUAUGUAUAUUUGCUUAAUCAUAUAAUUCAUAUAAUCUUCAUUCAAUUUAUAUGCACUAACUUAGUCAUCUUUGAAGUUUUCUGAAAGAAUUGGUUAAAAUACAGCUAGUGUUGUUUUCACAAAUACCUAAGAAGAUUUCGACUGUUUAAUUCCCGAAAACUUCGAUCAUAAGAUGAAGUCUGUAGCUGUGAUCGGAGCCGGGGUGAGCGGAUUGACGUCCAUAAAAUCGUGUUUAGAAGAAGGAUUAGAUGUAACCUGUUACGAAAAAUCAGAAAAUUAUGGUGGAUUAUGGCGCUAUAGAGACGAAGGAGUAUCGGUGGCAAAAAACACUGUUAUGAACACUAGCAAAGAUAUUGGUGCAUUCAGCGAUUUCCCUCCUCCUAAAGAGUUUCCUCAAUAUAUGCCUCAUCAGACUAUGAUAAAAUAUUUGGAAAUGUACGCAGAAAAAUUUCAACUAAAUUCGAAAAUUCGUCAUAAUCACGAGGUCUUAGAAAUCAAAAAAGAAGAGGAUUACGAAGAAACAGGAAGAUGGAAAUUGCGAGUAAUGAAUAAAAAUACAAAAGAGAUAUUUGAGAAAUCAUUUGAUGGCGUUAUGAUCUGUACGGGUCAUCACGAUUUUCCUCAUAUUCCACCGUUUCCUGGGUUGGAGAAUUUUAAAGGACGUGUUGUCCAUACAAGAAAUUACAAAUCUGCAGAAGGAUGUGAAGAUAAACCAGUUCUUAUUAUAGGUAUAGGCAACAGCGGAGCAGAUGCUGCGGUUGAUAUGAGUGAGACGGCGAAAAUCGUUUACUUAAGUGCUCGAGGUUGCUUUUGGGUUAUUCCAAGAUUAACCAAAGAUAAUAAACCAGGAGAUGCUGCAUAUAGACGACGUCCAAUAUUUCUUUUACAGUUCGCACUUCCAUAUUUUUUAUUAAAUUUUAUUACUAAAUACUUUAUAAUAAAAGAUAUCGAUGAUAUUACUUAUAACAAAAAGUCGGACGAUUUAGUACUUAAAUAUAUUCCCGUUGUCAAUGAUAAAUUAACCGAGAACAUUAGAAAAGGUAAUGUUGUCCUGAAAAAUAAAAUAGAUCAUUUCACUUCUGAUGGAGUCGUAUUUGAAGGCGAGACAAACGUGACAAAAAUUGAUUUAGUUGUUUUAGCUACCGGCUAUGACGUCAAAUUACCCAUGAUCGAUUCAAAGAUUAUAAGUACAGAAAAUGAAACCUUGGAACUUUAUAAAUAUAUAUUUCCUCCUAAUUUACCACAUUUUACUUUGGGAUUGAUUGGUUUCUUACAACCUUUCGGAGCAGUUUUCCCCAUUUUUGAACUUCAAGCACGUUGGUUUGUCAUGAUGUUAAUGAACAAAGUUUACAGGCCAAGCGUGGAAGAAAUGAUUAAAGAUAUAAAAAAAAGAAGAAAUUUGAUCCAACACGGCAGAUGGAAGUCAAUUAGAGCUGAAUGGAUUCAUUAUUUGGACGACAUAUCAGCUUCGGCAGGUGUUAGACCAGACUUUUUUAAGUUAUUAUUUACGGAUCCAAUUCUGUUUUGGAAGUGCUACUUAGGACCUUGUUUACCAUAUCAAUUCCGAUUGAAGGGGUACCAUACUUGGAAACCAGCAAGAAGUCUUAUUAUUAACUAUAAUGAUAAUCCAACGUUAACAACCGAUGAAAAUUCUCAUACAAAAUUGAAUAUAAUGAAAAUUCUGACUUGUUUCCUAGUAAUGUCUGUAUUUUCAUUAUUAAUUACCGUAAUUUUUUAAAAUUACCAUUUUAUAAUUUUUAUAUAAUUUUUAUAAAGAAAAAUAUUUGAAAUCAGUUUAUUGUCAAUUAUUUUAAAUAUUUUUUGUAAUAACCAAUUAUUAUUGUUAAUUCAACUACAUAAUUAUUAUAAUUAUUGUUAUUUAAAUGUAUCCAAUGCAAUAUAUUUCGUAUGAUUGUAAAAUUAAUGUAUAUGCAGAAUUGACCUAAUGACAUUACAUGCCACUUAAAUUAUUGUAAAUAAGUUACAUUAUAACAUUUCAAAUA